AAAAUGGUACUUGAGAAAUAUACUUGAGCGACUAGGAAAAAUUCGCAUUGUAUGCGACGACAUAAUGUUACUCAAACUUAUUUUCUGUUUGUGGAGUUUUUCGUCUGUUCGAGGGCAAACAUUCAAAAGUCUAACUCCCAGAUUGAGAAUAAUUGGAGGAGAUGAAGCUGUCCCGCAUGCAUUUCCCUACCAAGUAGGACUCCUGAUCAAUAAUCGUGCACUUUGUGGAGCAUCCCUUAUUUCUGAAAAUUAUGUUUUGACGGCUGCUCAUUGUGCCACCGAAAUAUACAACAACAACGUGGAAGUCAUACUGGGAGCUCACAACAUAACCGCAAAUGAAACCUCUCAAGUGCGUAUCAAGGGCACUGACAUAAUUAUUCACGAAAACUACGAUUAUACCAGCUUCCAAAACGACAUAGCUCUAAUCAGAUUAGCCAGUCCUGCACCUCUUAAUGAUGUUAUCAAAACAGUUGCGUUACCCUCACGUCGCGACAGAGGCAAGACCUACUUGAAUCAAGAGACCACUAGCAUCGGAUGGGGCCUAACGGAAGACAAGCACAAUCCGACUUUGAAAGACAUUACCAGCACCCUGAGAGUGGUGAACGUGACUGUUAUGGAUUUGGACGAAUGUGCCGAUGAUUAUAAUGACGAAGAAACUGGCGUUGUUUAUGUGUCUGAGGUGAAUAUCUGUACGACCGGGUACAAGAACAAGGGGACUUGUAAUGGCGACUCGGGUGGACCUCUUUUGUACAAAAGUAAACAGAUUGGUAUAGUUUCCAUUGGAUCAACGCUCUGUGAGAUGUGCUCGCCUUCAGUUUUCACCAAAGUGGCUUGGUUCUUGGAUUGGAUAGAAGAGAAAACUGAUGUAGCUAUUUCUUAGCAUAUCUUGCCUUGAAGUACGCAUAUUUAUUCACUGUAUAAAUUUCAUUCUACGGU